AUGGAUCCUCAAGGGGAGUAUGGUCCGAAGGGACAGGACCAGGAUGAUUUCAUGAAUUUACUGGAUACGCGACCUCUCCAAGAAGCAGGAGCGACGUUAACUCCGCAAGCGAUUUUGGCAAGGUCUGCCCCAAGUGCCGCUGGAUCUCCGAAUAUUCAAUCGGUAUCACCGGCGUCUAUGUUUUCUCCGAUGACACAGAAUGCUGGAAUGAAUACGGGGUCUCCACCGCAGGUAAUAGGUGUAGCUGCUACACCUCAGGAUAUGUUUAAUUAUCAAGCAGCUCCCAUGCAGACAACAGGGCCAUCACAAGCAUCAGCGCCAGUACAGGCGGCAGGUCAUACGAUAUCACAAGCCCCAACGCCUCAAACGAUUUUGAAUACAAGUGGAGUGGUACCGGAGGGACAAGGCUCCGCGAAUACUGGAUCGUCCAACAGUGUUUUCGCUGACCGAGCCGGUAUGUUUGCUGCGCUACAGCAAAGACAACAACAGCAACAGCGAUAUAAGUUACAGACGCUUCAGCAAAGCCAAGCGGGAGCCGGAACACCUAGUGAUGGUCAGCAAAAUAGUAACGCGUUUGCUGCACAAUCCUCACAAAUGACACAGACAGCGGCUCCGACUCAAGUUUCUCCGGCCGCGACAUCUCCACAUAUGCAGCAGCAGCAAAUCAUCCAAAACUUGGAUCCAGAAACCCAGGCGCGUGUGAGAGGCGAAUUGAACAACAAACAAUACGAACUAUUUAUGAAAUCCCUUUUAGAAAGUUGCAAACGACGUGGGGCUCCUCUACAUGCUUUGCCCGAGAUUCGUGGUCGCCGUGUAAAUCUGUUUAUUCUUUACGCGAUGGUGCAAAAGCUAGGAGGAGGUGAAAGUGUAACUAGAUUCCAACAAUGGUCCAUGCUGGCGCAAAAACUGCAAUUCCCAGAUGACUGCUCGCAACAACUAACCGCGGUGUACUACCAUAUUUUACUUCCCUAUGAGAAGUAUCUCACGUCUCCCGAAGGUAUGAAAGAAAAUCAAUCCAAAAGACUAUUCUUGCAGCAAUUUUUCCAAGAACUGCUUCGGAAGUUGAGUGGUCCCCGAGUAACUAGUGGAUCUCAAAACGAAAGCGCCAUUAGUACUCUAAUCUCCACUGGAGCUGCAAACAACGAUCAAGCUUUUCACAACAAAAAUGCGGCUGCGAAGAAACCGAGGAAGCCCAGGGCAAAAAAGAAGACAAAGAAGGAGCUCGAAACUGAACAACAAACUCAAUGGGGUGCCAAUGAAGCUUCAGGACCAGAUCAGUAUCUCAGGCAACAAAAACAAAAGCAACUUGCCCUGCAACAAGCUCAGCUACGGCAAAUGCAGCAACAACAAGCUCAACUGCCACACGAUCAGAUUCAACAGGGAAUGCAUGCAAACUCUCCCAAAGUUCCGAAAGUUUACAAGAGAUCAUUUGCACGGAAUUAUGUACCCAUGAGGCGACCCAUCGAGACGUCCAAUGGUUAUGAUAUACGUGCUAUCUCACAAGUGGGCGAAAAAAUCGACGCCAAUAAGCCGAUCUUUUUAUAUGCGCCUGAGCUAGGCACCGUUAAUUUGCACGCGCUGACUUUGUGUCUACAGGCUGGUCGCGUAUCAGAGGUGAACGUUGCCUUGAAUACGCUAUUAGUGUUAAGCGCGGAUGGUGUUAUAAAAAUACCCUUAAAUCAAUCGGAGGCAUUUGUUGACGCCAUAGCCAGCCUGGGCUCAAAGAUCUUAAAUGAACUCUGUACUCAGGGGGGAAAUAACUCAAACUACAAUUCUGAUGAAUACCUUGAGAACUACAAUGUGCCUGCACUCAUAGAGAGUCCGACGUCCUACUCUUUGAAUGAUACCUUGACUGAUACAGUUUUUGCCUCCCAAAAUGAUCAAAAAGACAUGUGCAAUGAAAUUAAAAUUAUCGUUGACUCACUUACUGGAGAGGAUAUGGAGCAGGCUAAAUCACCAGGAUCGCAAGCAGAUGCCGACUUAAUGGAUAAAAGCAUUUAUGAGACGACCCCUCAUCCAGUUGAGCUCAGCGUGGAAAAGUGGGACUUUUUAGAUCAACCCUUGCGGUUCGCAACACCGCUGGAAGAGUGUAAGCUUAGUUUGCCUUCUUAUUUGAAGUCCCUCAGAAGUGUCCGCGACGAGGUUGGCGACAUAUUCACGAAAGUUACAACUCGUGGUGCCGAAAGUAGAGUCGUUCUCUUAGUGGAUCAACUGUCAACUAUUUCGAUGGUAAUCAGGAAUUUGUCUUUCAGUGAAACAAAUUCAUCAAUAUUGGCGUCCAAUUUAUCCUUGAAAAGAUUCAUUUCCGACCUUCUUUGGGCCGUUUUCCUGCAAUCAGAUAAGCUGGUGUUUCAUCGGAAAUGCCUAAACUUUAAAAAGGAUCUAAUCAUCCUUAUGACAAACAUUGCUCAUCUAUUCCGAGUCGAUACAAUGGUUGACUCCUGUCUACUUCUUUUCUUAGUUCUAAGCUUCGGCGAGGCCAAAAAUGUAAUGUGUGAUCAAAGUCAUCUCACAUUUCCAGAAUACUCAGUUAGUAUGAGCAAAUAUCAAGGAUUUGGAGCUGAUGUUCUCGCCAAAAUCCUUUCGCUUGGUUUCCCUAAUCGAUACUUCAUCAGAUCUCUUUUGCUAAACCAGCUAGAAACAGAAAGUGAUCCUCAAGACGUCAAAAUCUGUCAAAAGUUACUCAAGUUUUACGCCGAAAAAAGUUCUCACACUAAUCAUGACUACAAACUUUUAAAUGACAUGUUUUCUCUUCUGAUUUCUACGAUUCCGGUCCAACAACUAAACAACACACCAACACUGGUCGAAGAGAUUGGUCCCACGAUUUCUCAAAGCAUGACAGCCCUUUUAUCACUUGUUUCUUUCAUCGAGAAAGGUGAGUGGGCCCCCACGGGUCCCAACUUACCAUUGGAAUGGUUAACUUCAGAAGAGUAUGCGGGCUCCAGCUUAAGGCGAUUGAGUGAAGCCUUAUCUAAUGUGGGGAUUCAUACAAGUAAUAACUUGAAGCAUUUGAAGCUUUUAUUCAACUCUGUCAGUGCCAAAGCAUUGCAAUUGAUAAAGGUCUUAGUGCAGAAGAGCAUAGAACUGUGUGAAAAAGAUGAAGAUGGUCAAAAGUCAGUUGAUUCUGAAAGCAUUAAGGAAAUAGUAAGCAUCCCCAAUUUUUUGCCCUCUGAAUCCACAACAUUCUCACUGUUGACUAAUCCUCUUGCGGAUGUUUCCAUUGUAAGGGAAAUGAAUUCCUUGUAUGAACUGAGAAAUGACCUGCUUUGCCGAUUUGACGGAUGA